AUGUUGAAGGGAAACGCAGAGCCUAAGCAGAAGAAAGGUUGGUCUGAGUCGCUGCUAGAGUUUAAGUCAGAGUUUGGGGAAAAGAUGAAAUUUGUGUCAAAGAAACGUUGGAAAUCUCUUGCACCUCUCCAUCUGAAAAGCAAAUCGGUUGCUCGGUUCUGCUUCUUUUCGAAGUUGAAGUCAGGCAACCACGGUUCAGGCCGUGCACCGGUCUAUCUCAACGUCUACGACUUGACUCCUAUCAACGGAUAUAUCUAUUGGGCAGGUCUUGGCAUAUUCCACUCUGGUGUUGAAGUUCAUGGUGUAGAAUAUGCUUUUGGUGCACAUGAUUAUGCAACAAGUGGUGUAUUCGAGGUGGAACCACGGCAAUGUCCAGGAUUCAAAUUCAAGAAAUCGAUAUUCAUUGGAACUACGAACUUAAACCCUGCGCAAGUGAGAGAGUUUAUGGAGGACAUGGCUUGCAGCUACUAUGGGAACAUGUAUCACCUGAUUGUCAAGAACUGUAACCAUUUCUGUCAAGACGCUUGCAACAAGCUUACCGGUAAAAAGAUCCCCAAAUGGGUGAACCGGCUCGCAGAAAUAGGUUCUGUGUGCAGCUGCAUACUUCCUGAAUCUCUCAAGAUCACAGCGGGUUGCCAUGACCCGGACGGCCAAAUCCCGGAGGAAGAGAACGAGAAGAGAAGUCUUAGAAGCUCAUUCAACUGCUUGUCCUCCAUCUCCAUGAGGCAAAAACAGCUCUCUACAUCGUCCUUGUUCCUUCAAUCCCCUCUCAGAGGCUGCUUGCCUCCAUGGCAACUCAAAAGAUCAAAAUCUAACAGCAGCUCCUUGAAAGAACGGUAG